UUUCUUAUUCCCUAUAUCCUCUUCUUAAUCAUUGCUGGAAUGCCCCUGUUCUAUAUGGAAUUAGCACUGGGACAGUACAACCGAGAAGGGGCUGCCACUGUGUGGAAAAUCUGUCCAGUUUUCAAAGGUGUAGGCUAUGCAGUGAUACUCAUAGCUCUUUACGUGGGUUUCUACUACAACGUUAUCAUAGCUUGGUCUCUGUAUUAUCUAUUUUCAUCAUUCACAUUUGAGCUCCCCUGGACAAACUGCGACAACAGUUGGAACAGCCCAAACUGUACAGAUCCCAAACUCUUCAAUGCAUCAGUGCUUGGCAAUGGUACCAAAUACUCAAAGUACAAGCUCACUCCUGCAGCUGAAUUUUAUGAGCGAGGAGUUCUGCACCUGCAUGAAAGCCGUGGAAUCCAUGACCUUGGCUUGCCUCGCUGGCAACUCUCCCUCUGCCUCUUGGUGGUGGUAAUCAUUCUUUUCUUUAGUCUGUGGAAAGGCGUGAAGACUUCGGGAAAGGUCGUUUGGAUAACAGCCACUCUGCCUUAUGUUGUAUUGUUUGUCUUGUUAAUACAUGGAAUAACCCUGCCUGGUGCAUACAACGGAAUAAAUGCAUACCUGCACAUAGAUUUCAGAAGAUUGAAAGAAGCCACAGUAUGGAUUGAUGCAGCUACUCAGAUAUUUUACUCCUUAGGAGCUGGGUUUGGCGUUUUAAUUGCAUUUGCCAGUUACAAUAAGUUUGACAACAACUGUUACAGGGAUGCUUUGCUGACUAGUACCAUUAACUGUGUCACAAGCUUCAUCUCAGGAUUUGCAAUUUUCUCCAUAUUGGGCUACAUGGCUCAUGAGCACAAAGUUAAAAUUGAGGAUGUAGCCACUGAAGGAGCUGGUUUAGUUUUCAUCCUGUAUCCAGAGGCAAUUUCAACUCUUUCGGGAUCUACAUUUUGGGCUGUUGUAUUCUUCAUCAUGCUCCUUACUCUUGGCAUCGACAGUUCUAUGGGUGGAAUGGAGGCUGUCAUCACUGGCUUGGCAGAUGAUUUCCAAAUUCUGAAGCAGCAUAGAAAGCUCUUUACCUUUGGUGUUUCUUUUGGCACUUUCCUACUUGCCCUUUUUUGCAUCACAAACGGUGGAAUUUAUGUGCUUACACUCCUGGACACAUUUGCAGCUGGGACUUCGAUAUUGUUUGCUGUUCUAAUGGAGGCAAUUGGAGUUUCGUGGUUUUAUGGUGUGGACAGAUUCAGUGAAGAUAUCCAACAAAUGAUGGGCUUCAAGCCAGGCCUCUACUGGAGACUGUGCUGGAAAUUUGUUAGCCCUGCUUUUUUAUUGUUUGUUGUCAUAGUCAGCAUAAUAAAUUUCAAACCUUUGACCUACGAUGACUACACCUUCCCUCUCUGGGCAAAUCGCAUUGGCUGGGGAAUAGCAUUAUCUUCAAUGAUACUUGUGCCUGCCUAUAUUAUCUAUAAAUUUAUGAAUGUGCGUGGGACCUUUAAAGAAAGACUAGCUUACUGCAUCACACCUGAAAAUGAGCACCAACUCGUGGCCCAAGGAAAUGUCAGGCAGUUUAAGCUUCAACACUGGCUAACAAUAUGACAACCAACAGGUUGAGGAAAAAGCCAAUACGUUAAGCUAAACUGGGAAUACAGAAAAGUUCAAAGCUCCCUCAAUUAUGCUUGGACCAGGCUGGCUCAGAGCUUAUCUACUGACUCUUUGAGGGAAGACAUCUGCUCUCUGUUCUCAAUGCCUCCCUUCUAUUACUUGGCUUCAAAUGAUCUUUAAAGACUCCGUUUUAUUUUUCUUAUAUCCUUUGGUGCCACGAGAUCCCUACAUGACCAAACCUUGUGAGUUUUGCUAUUGGCAGAUGGGGGGGGGGAGGAGGGGGUGGGCAGGGAGCAGAGAAAAAAGCAAUCAGCAUAAGUUAAAUGCUCUUUUAUCGUGAAGAAGUGAAUUAAACUUUUCUGACAGUAAUAAUUACUUCAGAUAUUCAUGCCACAACCCAUUUUAAACCAACACAACCUGAACAUUCUAGAUCUAAGGAAAGAGUACAUCUCAAUUAUGAGGAAAGAGCAACUUUAACUACGUACUACUGUCAGCUUUCUUGCCAUAUUAUCCUUUGGGAUAUGAGUUUGCAUCCUUCUGAAGCAAAGUCUCAGUGUUUCAUUUUCAGUAGUUUGUUACUAGUUUCUUCUCUUGGUGAAGAAGGUUGUCUCUGCUGUCUAUGUCCAUGCCAUUUUCUGUCCAGUUUAAUUAUACAAGCCGAAGAGCAGCAGAAACAGAAUUCUUGUUACAGCUAGGUACAGAAUACAGUUUAAUACCACGCUCUACUUAAUGAAAAAUAUAUUCCCUUAUAUCAACAAUUAAAAUGGCUUUAUCA